AUGGGAUUAUGGAAGCCUUUCUCAGAUGAGAAGCAAACAAAACGACCCAGGUUCGUCGAAUUAAGGGCGUCAAAAUGGUUCAUAAUGUUCGUCGUCUCCUUUGCUACCGGAACGGACAUCUUCAUGUACGGUCUUAUCGUACCGGUCACGCCAACCGCGUUGACAGACAGAGCGGGCAUCCCAGAGAAAGAUGUUCAGAGCUGGACAUCGAUUCUUCUCGCUCUGUACUCCGCUGCUUUGUUGGCCUUUGCACCUGUUGUCGGGUACAUCGCUGAUCGAGCCGAAUCUCGCCGAUGGCCUUUACUGGUUGGUCUCGUUGCGCUGGCCGCUGCGACAUCCCUGCUGUGUGUCGGCACUCAUAUCGCGUUGUGGAUUGUGGGUCGCUUGUUUCAAGGGGCUGCCGCUGCGGUGGUAUGGACGGCCGGCUUGGCGCUGAUGGUAGACACUCUCGGAAAAGACGACCUCGGUCAAGCCAUUGGCUAUGUCACCAUGGCUAUCAGUCUUGGAACAUUAGCUGGACCUCUUCUUGGUGGUGUUCUCUAUGAGAAUGGUGGAUAUUAUGCCGUCUUUGGUCUUGCCUUUGCUUUUGUCGCCAUCGAUGUCGUCUUGCGAUUGGUGUUAAUCGAGAGAAGACAUGCUACCCAAUGGCUAACGCCGGAGACGGCUUCGCCCUCUGUAAAUGGAGAUCAAUCCACGGAAAAGAAGUCCGGGGAAACAUUAGGACGUCCCCUGUCACCGACUAAUGCCUCUGAACCCCUUGAAUCCCAACCGCCUUCUUCCCGCUCACCGGGUGCGUUCAGGCGCGUGGCCAUUUUAUUGAGCUCGCCCCGUCUAGUCGUAUCGGUCUGGGCAUACUUCAUCCUGUCGCUCGUUCUGACCUCAUUUGACAGUGUCCUUCCGCUAUUCGUGCAUGAGACAUUCGGGUGGCAGCAGAGUGGCCAGGGUCUGGUCUUUCUCCCGCUUAUGGUGCCACAUAUCAUAGAUCCCCUGACGGGGUUAAUUAUCGACAAGUACCCCAAAUCCUGUCGCUACAUUGCCACGGGGGCAUUCCUCGCUGCCGUUCCUGUGAUGACCCUUCUACGGUUCGUCACCCAUAACUCGAUGCAGCAGAAGAUUCUCCUAUGUGCGCUCCUCGCUUGUGUUGGGCUGCUUAUUGCCAUGGCUAUGCCAAUUCUUGUUAUAGAGGUCUUCUUCGCCGUGAAGGAGAAGGAAGAUGAAACUCCUGAUAUCUUCGGUCGCGGUGGUGCUAUGGCUCUAGCUUUUGGGCUGUCGAAUAUGGGGUUCGCGACUGGAAGUCUGAUUGGGCCAUUUUUUGCAGGAUUCAUUCGCCAGGAGGCUGGUUGGGGGACGAUGGGAUGGGCAUUAGGGUUGGUAACUGGCAUAUCAUCUGUCCCACUCCUAUUGUUCGUGGGUGGCUGGAUCUUGACAAAACCGGAGAAGUCAGAUAAUGAAGUCCCAGGCGCACUUGGGCCUUGA